AGGAUAUUUCCUCCUGAUUUUGGUCGGGCACCACUCCUGUGACCUCUCACUCUCUCUCGUCUUUGAUGACGUUUCAGGCCAUACCCGUCGGGCUGCUCAGCCGCAGUACCACCGCCCUGCAGAUGCCAAUCAAAUUUCCGUAUCCCUGCAAGAGGGGAGGCUGCACGUGCCGUCCCUUCCCGAUUAGACCAGCCCAAACGAGCGGUCCAAUGUUCCUUCCUCGCCUGUCCUCUCUCGUUCACACUGAGAUAUGUGUGCUGUGCAGAACGUGGUAUAGCAAAAGCACCGGCGACGGAGUUGAGGCGCUCAAGAGAUCAAGGACUCCGGGGCUGCGAUCACAUCUCAGGAAGGGUAAAGGCGACCCGAGCGCAAGAAAAGGGGAUCAAGAAAAAGGCUCUGUUAUGGGUGCUGUUGCCUUGAUAGUUGGGACCAGCAUUGGGUCAGGGAUUUUGGCCCUUCCGAUGAAGACUGCUCCAGCAGGUCUUAUCCCAACGGCCUCGCUCUUGAUCGCAAGCUGGGCAUUCCUCCUUGUAGAAGCCCUCCUUCUUGCAGAAGUGAAUGUCGCAUUGAUGGAGAGGAUGGAGGGCGAGGCAGAAGAUGGUCGCAAAUUAAACUUCAUAUCCUUUACCACCAUGGCUGAAGCGACACUGGGAAAGCUGGGGGCUCACGUAGCUACUCUCGCAUAUGUCUUCCUGGCAUACUCUUCCAUGGUUGCAUAUGUGGCGAAGUCGGGGGACAUCCUGUCUCACGUCCUCAACCACCCAACUUCUGUUCUAGGCUGCUGCUUCACCCUCGUUUUCACUCUGCUCAUCUCGGUGGGAGGUACCAAAUUGACGGACCAAGUCAACCAAGGAUUAACAAUCCUAAUGGUCGGACUGGUGAUUUUGAUAGAAUCGACUGCGGUCAACUCCGGAGGUUGGCGUGGGCAUAUUGACGAGGGAGAUUGGAGUAGAACUCCCGAGACUCUUCCCGUGAUUAUAUUCUCUUUAGUUUACCACGACCUGUCACCAGUUUUAUGUGCGUAUCUGGGAGGGGACAUUUCCAGGAUAAGGUUGUCAGUGAUGCUGGGGAGCAUGGUACCCUUGAUUAUUUUGCUUGACUGGGACGCCAUCGCUCUCGGUCUCUCUCCUGCUUCCGAUGGCACAGACCCUGUGAAUUUGCUGAUGAGAUCAGCUGGGAGCUGCGGGCUUACGUCCGUGACGGUGGAGACCUUCUCUCUUUUGGCUGUUGGGACAUCGUUGAUAGGCACUCUUUUGGGUUUUUCACAAUUUUUCACCGAACAACUUAGUCAAUAUAAGUGGAAAGAACCUGCAGGACUUGGAUCGGUCAAGAGGCCUCAGAAAUGGUGGGGAAGCUGCAAUGUGGUAGACUUGGCGUCUAUGCUUCUUGCUGUCGCUCCACCGCUACUCCUAGUCCUGACGAACGCCAUCCCAGAUGCGUUUUCUACGGCCACUGACAUCGCUGGUGGGUACUGCAUGACCAUUUUGUAUGGAGUCUUUCCGCCCGCAAUGGCGUGGUCUUUGUUCGCCUCUGACGAAGAAACCUCCUAUUCCGGUGAUGACAAACACGAGGUCGAGAAGGAUGACCGGGACAACCCGACCGUGAGAGGUGGGGCCGUCUUCUCCCCAACAAUACUGAAAGAGAAGCCUACUUUGCUUGGUAUUGGGGUUUCUGCUUGUGGAAUUAUAGUAGAGCAGUUGUUGCAAAGCUUCCACAUAUUUCGUCCCUAGCUAGCUAGCUAAGACCUGCAAAUUCUUCUUUUAGCACUUGUACAUAACCACUUACCUGGAGAUCAGAUUUUACUAGAGACAAGAUGGGGGUUGUGGUUAAUUAAUACCAUGACAGAGGACGGAGAAGCAACGUCAAGCAGCUAAACUAAAAGAGUUUCUGGAGAUUGGGAUGGGAAACUCGGACGCGUUGCAGCGGCAGACAGACACAAUUUUUAAUCUGUACCAAUCCAUUUAGUACUGAUCUACCUCAGACAGGCAAGGUGGUAGGAAGGCGUGAAGGAUGAGGCAUGAGACUGGCUGUCGGGUGCCACCACUCAUAAGAAAGAGAAAACCGAUGAGAAAAAAGUGAAAGAUUCGUCCACAUGGUGUGUGUGGUGGUCGUCAGCCACAGCCCAUGUCCUGAUGCGCGUUCAGUCUUGCUGAUUCGACGAACACUACCUGCCCCAGUUUUUGUGAUACGGAGUUCCGUUUCCUGAUCUUUCAAAUGUAAAUGUCCCGGGGUCCUAUCGCUAUGAAUUUUUCUUUUAUACAAAAAGGUGCCGGGGCCAUCUCUCCAACACGUCGGCAUCGAGACUAGUUGCAAAGUAGUGAAAAAUGUUUCACAUCA